UUCGUAGUGUGCAUGCACGGUAUCGGCGUGGAUAUCCGCGCGAUGUGGUAUUCGGGUGAUUCAUCUUAUGAUUGGGGUAGAUAAAAUACUUCACACAACCGAUUUGAGAAGGCAAACGAAUUCUCCUCAUCGUCAUUCUUUAGUUGAUCAUCGUUGAUUGAGGGUGCUGGGCAUGCUCUCUUCAACAAGACAAGAAUACAUCAAGAAGCAAAUAGGAUUUCAAGUCAGCAUUGACUCAUCUCUUAAUCAGUCACUAUCCCAUCUGGACCAACAGUGUGCUCUUAGUCAGUAAGAGCAAGUGAGCAACACUGUCAUUUAGAAGACAUCUUCUACUAGCAAGCCACCUCUUCAAGAAGCUUGCUUCAUAAUGUCGAUGGCGAGCCUCUUUUCUUUUACGAGCCCAGUAGUGAAGCGGCUGCUGGGCUGGAAGCAGGGAGAUGAGGAAGAAAAAUGGGCAGAGAAGGCUGUGGACUCUCUCGUAAAGAAACUCAAGAAGAAGAAGGGUGCCAUGGAAGAGUUGGAACGAGCCCUUUCACGUCCUGGUGAACUGAGCAAGUGUGUAACUAUCCCCAGGUCUCUGGAUGGCAGGUUGCAGGUUUCUCAUAGGAAAGGACUUCCACAUGUUAUAUAUUGCAGGGUUUGGCGUUGGCCAGAUCUACAAAGCCAUCAUGAACUAAAAGCAUUGGACUGCUGUGAUUAUGCCUUUGGUAAAAAACAAAAAGAGGUCUGCAUUAAUCCCUACCACUACAAGAGAGUUGAAAGUCCAGUUCUUCCUCCAGUGCUUGUACCACGUCACAGUGAGUCUAUACCUUCUCACAGUCUGCUGCCAUACCGAGGAGAUCACUCAAAUAAUCCAGCAUACCCAGGUCACCCAAGUAAUCCAGCUCACCCAAGUAAUCCAGCUCACUCAACUAAUCCAGCAUACCCACACAAUGCUACGUUUCCUCAGAGCUUUCAGCAGCAGAACUCUCCUCCACCAUCAACUCACCCUGGAUCACCCCAUGGGGCUCCACAGCCUUCCCCUGCCAGCUCCAAUCCAAAUAGCCCUUAUGGGUUACAUGUACCUGCUGACACACCCCCUCCUGCAUACAGGCCACCUGAUGAAGGAGGACCAAACCAGAAUGACAACAGCUCAACUCCUAUGGAUACCAAUCCACCAUCAUGUGUGCAACCAAAUCAAAUCAUUGCUGUAGAACGUGGUGAUGUAGCCUCAAUCACAUACCAAGACCCCCCAUCUUGGUGUUCUAUCGCUUACUAUGAGCUCAACAACAGAGUGGGGGAGGCCUUCCAUGCUACUACAACCAGCGUCAUCGUGGACGGUUUCACUGAUCCAUCUAAUAACCAUGAUCGUUUCUGUCUGGGUCUUCUCUCCAAUGUCAACCGCAAUUCCACUAUUGAGAAUACAAGAAGACACAUCGGAAAAGGUGUCCAUCUGUACUAUGUUGGAGGCGAGGUCUAUGCUGAAUGUCUGAGUGAUAGCAGUAUCUUUGUCCAAAGCCGCAACUGUAACCAUCGGCACGGCUUCCACCCGACCACAGUCUGCAAGAUCCCUCCAGGAUGCUCUCUGAAGAUAUUCAACAACCAGGAGUUUGCUGCCCUCCUCUCCCAGUACGUCAACCAUGGCUUUGAGAUGGUCUACGAGCUCACCAAGAUGUGUACCAUCCGUAUGAGCUUCGUCAAGGGAUGGGGCGCCGAGUACCAUCGUCAGGAUGUCACCUCAACCCCAUGCUGGAUAGAGAUGCACCUCAAUGGUCCGUUACAAUGGUUGGACAAAGUCCUGACGCAGAUGGGCUCCCCGGUCCAUGGUAUAACCUCUGUAUCAUGAUUGCAUCUACUUCAUAUAAUAUUAGCUCUGAAAUUUUUAUCAAGAAAAUGGUCAAUUCAAUUUCUUUUUCAACGAUUUCCGCACUUGAUAUACUUGUAAUUACUGAUAAAUAGGCUUUUUAUAUGUUUCAUUUGGAUGAUAAGAAAUCAUUGUGAUUCAUGGAUAGUUAUUCAAACCCAGAUGUCAAAGUCUGGCUCAAUGGAUAUCAGAUACACAUCACAGGUAUUCUUUGCUCAAACGAAGCACAUUUUUGAAAAUCUUCCACACGUUUUUUACAAUAGUGGUUAUCUGACAUUUUUUUUGCACUCAGAUUUGUUGUUUUAUAUGAGAAGUCAAAUAGUUUUCUAGUGAUACCAAGAUGAACUGUGAGAGACAAUAGAACAUCAUGAGUUCAUGAAAAUGAUACAGCCGAUUGUUAACAUGAGCAUUCUAUGUGGAAGUACCAGUGGUUGGUGGAAUGGAAACUUUAUCAGAGUUUAUAUUUGUUUUAUCAAUAAAUUACUUUUCCUAAGUUCUGUGCCUUUGGGCUAAGGAUUCCAGUGCAUUCAUCAUCCUUUGUUACUAAACACAGGACAUGUUUCUUUUGAAAUUGUUAAUACAGCCGUACGUGUAUCAACACUGGGGACUCCUUGAAUAGUGUAUCUUACACUGUUGGGCAAAGAAUAUUGUAUCUCUUGUAUAUAUAUACCUAAUCAAAGUCAAAUGCAAAUCUGUGUGAUAUCUAAGCUAUUGAUUUACACAUUAUCAUUUCAUUUUAUGUAUUCAGGACUGUGUCGACUGCUUUUAAUUAUAAAUACUUUUUCUUGCUCUUUUUAUUUUUUUUGUUCAUCAGUGUAGAGGUGAUAUUCAUGAUAUUGAAAAUCUCAUUGUAUAUAUGUAAAUUGUAAUUGUUUCUCUGGGCUUUAUACCAAAUAUCUCAUCAACUUUUGUUCUCUCUACAUUACUGCACAAGUCAGAAUAAAAUUAAGCAAUAGGUGACAUAGUUUUGAAUUUAGCUCAUUAUGCAUUUAUUAAAAGUAAGCUUAAUUUUCAAUGAAUAGAUUGCUCUGCUUUUCUAUGUUUACAAUAAGUAGGCUGCUUUACGUUGGUAGUAUUAUAUAGUUUUUAAAUUCUGAUCAAAUUUGAAUCGUAUAUUGCAUACUACUUCAGUUACUCUAAUAUGCCAAUUCUUUGUUAGAAAACAUUUCCAUCAACAAUUUGCCCGUGUCUCUACAUGUAUGUGUUAUAAUAAUGUGAAGUGUUGCUACAGAUCAAAUUUGAAUCGUAUAUUGCAUACUACUUCAGUUACUCUAAUAUGCCAAUUCUUUGUUAGAAAACAUUUCCAUCAACAAUUUGCCCGUGUCUCUACAUGUAUGUGUUAUAAUAAUGUGAAGUGUUGCUACAGAUAAAUGGGUGUGUUAUGAAUCAAUUUAAUGUAGGUUUUGUCUCAUAUGCAUAGCAGAGUGAGACUA